CUUCGACUUGAGCAUUUGCAACAUUUGUACAUCGGCGCGUGCGGCGAACGGCAGUAGUAGUCGGAUCGACACCCCACGGGGUGCGGAAUUAAGGGCUCAAACAUGAAGCUGGUUGCCGUUUUAGUGAUCGCGAUCUUCAGCGCCCCCGUGCCCACGUCAGGUUUCAUGAUGAUGCAGCACUUCAACAUGGGACCACACGGCAAGGGCGGAAGGGGGGGAAUGAGAGGAGGUGGUGGAGGAGGAGGAGGUCCUUUCGAGCCGACCGACUUCGAAGGCGUCUUCACACGGUCCAUGCGGAAGCUACAGCGACAAGUUCUCAGGAGUCACAACCACUACAGGCGCCUGCACGGUGUUCACACACUCAAAGAAGACGAGGAGUUCCACAACAAGAAAAUUGAAUCGCUACGCCCAAGCCUGGGCCUUGGUGCUGGCCCAGAGGGACCAGAUGCAGCACAGGACCAAGCCGAUACACGGAGAAAACCUCUUCAUGUGGUGGAGCAGCAACCUGGAGGCACCCAUCACGGGAAGCAUGGCCGUGAAGCGUGGUACGAUGAGAUCAAGGACUACGACUACAACAACCCGACCUUCAAGUCCGGCACGGGUCACUUCACGCAGCUCGUGUGGAAGAACUGUCGUCGCCUGGGCACGGGCGUCGCGCGCGGCAGGAAGGGCACCAUCUACAUCGUGUCCGUGUACGAUCCGCGAGGGAACAUCAUGGGCCAGUUCGGUAGCCAAGUCACACGGCCCAACGCUGGCGGAGGCGGCGGCGGUGGUAAAGGCGGCCACAAGAAGGGACGGCGCCAGGAACAGCAGGACGACUACCCCGGUGUCAUUAUCAAUGCUAUUAAACUUUAUCUGACCAACUGGUGUAAGCGACAGCGCUACGGCGCCACCAACUGCUGCGGACAGCGGUGCAAGGUGAAUUCCGCACGAGGAAGCAUGGCCGUGAAAGCAUGGUAUGAUGAGAUCAAGGACUACGACUACAACAACCCGACCUUCAAGUCCGGCACGGGUCACUUCACGCAGCUCGUGUGGAAGAACUGUCGACGCCUGGGCACGGGCGUCGCGCGCGGCAGGAAGGGCACCAUCUACAUCGUGUCCGUGUACGAUCCGCGAGGAAACAUCAUGGGCCAGUUCGGUAGCCAAGUCACACGGCCCAACGCUGGCGGAGGCGGCGGUGGUGGUAAAGGCGGCCACAAGAAGGGACGGCGCCAGGAACAGCAGGACGACUACUGAACGAGCCCGACGCCAAUGUGUCGUGCUCGUUCAAGGAGGUUGUUACGGCGCUCGACGUCGAUGGAGCUUUUGGCGCCACCUUACGACACUCUUUCUAUGCAACGAACCAGUGGCAAUCUCACUCGCGCGGCAUGGGAAAAAAGAGAAAAAAAUAUAUGUAAAAUUAAGCGCCA